AUGUCUACUACUACACCACCGAUCGGCUCGUCUACAGGAGAGGCACGGACUAAGGUGAGAAGUGUUGAGGAAGAAAAUAGAAUAGCAGUGUUGCGAGAAGAAAAAGUCCGACAGAAAGCAGCUGAGGAGCACCCCAUGAACUCUCUAUUCGCCGCAUGUCGCAGCAACGACUCUCUCACUAUUGCCGACCUAAUCGGGCACAAAGAAGUCGACGCCAAUGUGAAGUACCCGCAUCCUAUCGAUGGGUUAGGAGUGGGGGCGGCUCCAAUACAUGUGGCGGCUCAAUACGGGGCUACAGGUGCAGUUACUACGCUACUAGAUGCAGGGGCAGAUAAGGAACAAUUUCCCACACUGUCAUCUGAUAUCGGCCAGGUUACGGAUCAAGGUCAAACAGCUCUCCAUGUUGCGGCUAAGCGGGGGCUACCAGCCACUUGCCAACUGCUCAUCAUGAAAGGCGCCAACCUGGGCACCAAGGACAGGUUUGGGUGA